AUGGAUCUUCUACCAUUAAGCCACACAGAGUUUAGUCAGCCUGAUUACUGGAACCGUUUCUUUCAGAAACGAGGCAAGAUACCAUUUGAAUGGUAUGGAGAGUAUCCGCAGCUGCACACUGUCAUCCACAAGUACAUCACGCCAGCAAACCUAGUGUUGAUUGUGGGCUGUGGAAACUCAGCUCUCAGCGAAAACAUGUAUGAUAACGGCCUGCAGCAUCUCUUCAACAUAGACAUUAGUGACAUUGUUAUCCAGCAGAUGACAGACAGACAUAAAAGCAAGCGACCUAAGAUGGUAUUUCACAAAAUGGAUGUUACAGAAAUGACAUAUCCAGAUGAAUACUUCAAUGCUGUCCUGGACAAAGGCACUCUUGAUGCUCUAUUGGUCAGUGAGGAUGCAGACGUGGUGGCCAAUGUACAGGCCAUGUUUGGUCAGAUCGCCAGAUGUUUAAAGCUAGGGGGCAGAUAUAUCAUCAUCUCACUGCUGCAGGAUCACGUUCAGAAGGUCUUGUUGAACUUCUUCACUCACCUAGGAUGGCCAAUCAGGAUACACAGAAUAUACAUGGAGCCAGAUGUGAGAGAUCGCUCAUCGUUAUCCUUGCCAGUGUUUGCUGUUGUGGUCACAAAGUUCAGGUCCUUGCCAAACAUGCCUCAAAUUGUUGAAGUUUGUAGGUUUGAAGACAGAAUUGACCGGCUGGAGGACAUCAAAUACUUGUCAGCCAUUGUGAAAGAUAUGCAGUACUACCACAUUGUGCGACAACAGCUCCUCAACAGGUUACCAGAUGACCAGCAGGUGUCGCUAGAACUCCACACACGAGGCUCAGAUAUCCCACGAUACAACCUGACAGUGGUUGAUUCUCCUCACAGGGUGGAAAACAAGUUUGCUAUCUUCAUUGUACCUCAGGGAAGUGCAGGAUUUCAGCGAUUGGUUGUUGUUACGUUAAGUAGGGGACAUAGCUAUGAAAAUCUUGAAGCAAUCAAGGCAGAGUUGUCCAGCAGAGUCAUGGAGUUAGCCCCAAAAGACUGCUCUGUGAAAGCUCAGAUUCCAUUUUUAUCAAUUGGUGAGGACAUAGGCAAACGAUUUCCUGUCGCUCAGGGUCGCAGUGACACAAGUGGAGAUUAUUUGAUCGAAGAUGUCGAGUUAAAUGGUGGUCAGCUGUUUAGAAGAUUAGUGUUUUUGUCCAACAAAAAUGUGGUCCAGUCAGAAGCUCGCAUGACACAUGCCCGUGAUAAGAAAAAGAGAAAGAACAGGUUUGAAGGCUCUCCAGGAAAACUCCGGGUGGAUAAAGGAUACCUGCACAGUGAUUACCUGAUAGCUAUGGUUGGAGGGUUUGGGUUUGUGCCUCGUCUAGACUGUCCCCUGUCGUGUGUGCUGGUAGGACUUGGUGGUGGCAGCUUUCCAAGCUUUGUUCACAGUGUGUUUCCACAGGUGAAUUUAGAUGCUGUUGAACUGGAUCCUUCGGUUGUGGAUAUAGCACAAAACUGGUUUGACCUUACACCUGAUGAAAGGUUAAAAGUUCACAUUGCAGACGGACUUGACUUCAUUAGGAAACUUGUUUCUGCUGGUGAGAACCGAGAUGUAGUUGUGCUUGAUGUUGACAGUAAGGACCACUCUGUCGGGCUCAACUGUCCGCCGUUAGCUUUUGUAGAGCCUGAGUUCCUGACCACCAUUUCAAGGUUACUUUCCGACGAUGGCAUUUUCAUCUUGAAUCUGGCCAGUAGAGAUGAAAGCAUCAAAGAAGACAUCAUGCAGCGCGUCUGCUCCACUUUCCUAACUUGUGCAUCCAUCGCUCUCCAAGAAGACAUCAACACGGUGGUGUUUGCCAGCAAUAAGUCGACUGACAGUCCAUGCUUCGACCCCAGUACCUUCACACACCAGUGCUGCACCAUAGAUGAGAUGAUCAAGUCCACAUGGAAAGACACCAAUGUGGAAGUUGAAGACAUGAUGUCUACCUUGAAAUUUGUUGACAGAUCUGAGAAUGUUUCUGGAUUUUAG